AUGAUCCCGCAAUGCGACGGGCCCGUAUGGGCAAUCGAUGAUCUUUCUCGCUGUUUUCAACGCAGAUAUUUGCAAGAAAUCUUACCGCUUUCCGCAUGUGCCGUUUCGCUUCUACUGAUCGUGACCCGCGUUGCCUAUCAUUAUGUCUUCUCACGAAAGAGCUUCUCAUACACACUUCUCCCGAGCGAUGAUGCUGGAAAUACACAGGAUUCAAGGGAAGCCGAAGACCUGGCGGAGGAGUCGGACCCAAUGCUCCUCAAAGCCGCCCGACUUGAGCAGCCGCAUUUCGAGCUCGACCGCCCCCGCGGCGAGAUCGCCUUCGUUGCCUUGGAAGCUGCGGCUUUAGUUGGAGAGGUCGUCGUGCUUGUGCUGGUUCUGUCGUCAGAUGCCUGGGGCCACGAUGGCCGUGUUUCGGCUGUGGCUCGGUUGACUUCCUGGAGUUAUCUGCUGUUCCUGGUUCUGGUACGACUGCUCCUCUCGGUCCGCCAUCUGCAUUCGUCGGCUAGACUCUGGAACCAUACGGCUACACUCUAUGGACUACAGUGGCUAUUCACUGUAUUCGUGUUCCGGUCGUCCGUCAUUCACCCUAUAUCGAAGCGCGGCAUGACUUUAUCCGCGAUCGAAUUCUCGUUGUCGAGCUUCCUUCUGCUGCUCGCUUUAACUACGCGGAGAGGAAACAAAUCCGUUCUAGUUCCUCAUGAGGAAGGGUUGGAACCCGCCAGGCAUCCACUUGCGAGCUUACUGUCCUUGGCGACGUUUUCUUGGUUGGACCCGCUCAUUCUCAAGGGCUAUCGACAAGCGCUCGAGUUGGAAGACGUCUGGAAUCUGACCGCGUCGCAAAAGGCUUCUACGGUUCUGGAGGAUUUCCGUCGGAAACAGUACAAGGGCCCUUUGGUAGUCAAGCUGCUGCGCUACUUUUCUGGUACUAUUUUGAUACAAGGUGCAUGGACUAUAUUCUCCAACCUAUUCACAUACUUGCCCACUCUUCUUCUUAAGGCUAUCCUGGAGUAUGUCGAGGAUCCGAGAUCAACCACGCGAAAUGCCGCCUGGCUGUAUGCCGUGCUUCUGUUUGUAUCAGCAGCUACGCAGGGUAUUGCCGACGGGCAAUCUCUCUGGAUCGGUCGCCGGAUGGGCGUGAAGCUUCGCGCCAUUAUAAUCGGUGAGAUCUAUGCCAAGGCGCUGAGACGAAAGGCCGGACCCUCGACCGAUGCAGCUGCAAAUGCAAGUGAUGAAAAGGUUCCCGACAAAAAGAAGCGACGCUUCCUCUCUUUUGGCCGUAAGAAGAAGAAGGCCGCCACCGACCCGGAGAACGAUACCUCCAACAAGAAGGAGUCUGUGGAAGACGUUGAUGCAUCUGCCAAUAUCGGAACCAUCAUCAACCUUAUGGCCAUCGAUUCUUUCAAGGUUAGCGAAGUGGGUGCCUAUCUACACUUUCUCUGGGCCAGUGUGCCCACGCAGAUUAUCAUUGCGGUUACUCUUCUAUAUAGCUUGCUGGGUUUCAGUUCUUUCGCUGGUAUCAUCAUGAUGGUUCUCAUGCUUCCCAUUAACCUGAUCAUCGCCAAGAAGUUUUCGAAGCUGCAGAACCAAAUUCUGAAAGGAACCGACGCGCGCAUUCACUCGACGAACGAGAUUCUUCAGAAUAUUCGCAUCAUCAAGUACUUUUCAUGGGAGGAACGAUUCCAGGACAUUGUAAACGAAAAGCGCCGAGCUGAACUUCGAGCUUUGAAGUACCGCUAUGUUCUCUGGUCUACUGCAGCUACCAUUUGGUAUGGGACACCGAUUAUGAUCACCUUCGCCUCGUUCUUCCUCUACACUGUGGUCGAAGGGAAGAAAUUGACCCCCUCUAUUGCGUUCCCGGCCCUUUCCAUGUUCUCUCUGCUCCGUAUCCCUCUGGACCAGCUCGCCGACAUGGUGGCGCACGUGCAGGAAUCGAAGGUUUCCCUGGAUCGUGUUGACAAAUACCUCAACGAAGACGAAACAGAUAAGUACAAGCAGCUAGCAGAUGAGGACGCCUCGGAGCCUAGGAUUGCCCUGGAAAAUGCCACCCUCACUUGGGGAACCGGCAAGAAGAAUCAAAAUGGCGAGCAAGACGAGACCUUCCGUUUAAUCGACGUCGACGUGGAGUUUUUAAUCGGAAAGUUGAACAUCAUUGCUGGUCAGACUGGCUCAGGGAAGACAUCUUUGUUGAUGGCUUUACUGGGAGAAAUGAAGCUUCUGGAAGGAAGGGUUUAUCUGCCUGGGGGCACAGCUAACCGAGCCGAGUUGCCCGUUGAUCCCCGUACAGGUCUCAUUGAGAGCGUGGCUUACUGUGCGCAGGAAGCAUGGCUUGUCAACGACACCAUCAAGGAAAACAUCACCUUUGCCUCCCCGUUUGACGAGUGCCGUUAUAAUGCCGUGAUCAAGGCCUGCGCUUUGGAGCGUGAUUUGCAAAUUUUGGAUUCGGGUGAUGAAACCCUUGUUGGAGAGAAGGGCAUUGGUCUGUCCGGUGGACAAAAGCAGAGAAUUUCUCUUGCCCGUGCCAUCUACAGCAAGGCCCGUCACAUUCUUCUGGAUGAUUGUCUCAGCGCUGUUGACUCACACACUGCCAAACACAUCUUCCGAGAGGCACUGAGUGGCCCUCUGAUGAUGAACCGGACUUGUAUUCUUGUGACCCACAAUAUUGCCCUGACUGCUCCUUAUGCCGACUUGAUCGUUGCCGUUGAUAAUGGUAAGAUUAGCUUCAAUGGCCGACCAGACGAGCCGGGGGCUUCCAAGGCUCUUGGUGAGGAACUCAUCAAGUCACGGCCCGGGUCUCGGGCUAGCUCUACUCCCGCUCGAUCUCGCAGACCCUCCGAUCUCGCCCUCGAUACUCACGCUACUAAUGGUACAACUAACGGAACUCCCGGUAAAACGGUCCAAAAAUCAGCUACAGCCAAGUCUAGGUUGGCAGAGGCGAAGUCUGUUGGCAGCAUCAAAUGGCCAAUCAUCAAGAUGUAUCUUCUCGCCAUGGGGCCCUGGUAUUACUGGGUGGUUGCGGCCGUUGUCUUUACUCUGCAGCAACUCGGCUCUGUGUCGACCAACAUCUGGAUUCGACAGUGGGCAAACUCGUAUGGGACUGACGAGGUCAAAGUUGAUAACGAGGGUACCUAUGCUGCUAUGUCCCAAUUCAAGCUCCCGUCGUUCAACGUUCUCAGUGUCCCACGUUCUUUUAGCCUAGCGCCUCAGCUUGGUACGCAGGCGACGGACUCUGGCAACGAUGUGAACGUCACGUACUACCUUGGUAUUUAUGCUCUGCUAGGUGUCCUCUACAUCGCCAUCUCGGCAACCAGGGAAGGUGUACUGUUUUGGGGCUCCUUGCACGCGUCUCGCAAAAUCCACAAGCGUCUUCUCAAGACAGUCAUGCACGCCAAGUUCAAGUUCUUCGAUUCGACACCACUUGGUCAGCUCAUGAACCGGUUCUCCAAGGACGUUGAAGCCAUUGAUCAAGAAGUUGCGCCUGUCGCGAUUGGUGCGCUCCACAGUUUGGCAUCCGUCAUUAUGAUUGUGAUUUUGAUCUCGAUCAUCACCCCUGGAUUUUUGGUGGCCGCCGUUUUCAUCACAAUGGUCUACUUCGCCCUGGGAGCCGUGUAUCUGAACGCGUCUCGUGAUAUGAAGCGUCUGGAGUCCGUCCAGCGGAGCCCGUUGUAUCAACAAUUCGGUGAGACACUUAACGGUAUUGUGACUAUCCGCGCUUACGGCGAUGGCCCGAGAUUCCUUGUCGACAACCACCAGCGUAUUAAUUCCUACAAUCGACCUCACAUCUAUCUCUGGGCUGCGAAUAGAUGGCUUGCGUUCCGUGUUGAUAUCACCGGAGCCCUGGUGUCCUUUGUGACCGCGUCGUUUAUCCUAUUGAACAUUGGAAAAAUUGAUGCAGGUGCCGCGGGUCUUUCCCUGACAUACGCGGUGACAUUCACGGAGAACGUCUUGUGGUUGGUUCGUCUCUACUCCGAGGUUCAACAAAGCAUGAACUCUGUCGAGCGAGUUAAGGAGUACCUAGAUGUGGAACAGGAAGCGCCUCCAGUCAUCGAGGAUGCACGGCCGCCUGCCGACUGGCCUACUCACGGCACUGUCCAGUUUUCCAGUUAUACCACUCGAUACCGCACCGACCUUGAUCCAGUGCUGCGCGAAGUCUCAUUUACAGUGCAGUCAGGAGAAAAGGUUGGAAUUGUUGGUCGUACUGGUGCCGGAAAGAGUUCUCUUGCCCUCGCUCUUUUCCGCGGCCUGGAGGCUGAGAAUGGACAAAUCAACAUCGAUGGCGUAGACAUUGGCAGUAUUGGAUUGAAGGACUUGCGAGAAGCCAUUACUAUCGUUCCUCAAGACCCGACUCUCUUUACUGGAACGAUCAGAAGUAACCUGGAUCCGUUUGGUCACUUUACCGACGAGCAAAUCUUCACUGCCAUCCGCCGUGUGCAUCUAAUCAGCUCCGGGACCUCUGGCACGGCGACACCGAUGACGGCCAGCACUUUGACCCUCUGCUCGACCCCCACGUCUGAAACUAACGCAGCUCCUGGCCCUAUCCUCGACAACAAGAACAUCUUCCACAACCUCGAGAGCCCUGUAUCCGAGUCUGGUUCCAACCUGUCCCAAGGCCAACGACAACUGUUGUGCCUUGCCCGAGCUCUCCUCAAGAACCCCAAGGUCCUGAUGAUGGACGAAGCCACCGCCUCUAUUGACUAUACAACAGACGCCAAGAUCCAAGAGACCCUCCGUGAGCUCCGCGACAACACAAUCAUCACCAUCGCUCAUCGUUUGCAAACAAUCAUUGACUACGACAAGGUCCUGGUCCUUGACCACGGCCAGGUGGUCGAAUUCGACCAUCCCUGGACUCUUGUCAACAAGAACGGCGGCCUUUUCCGCAGCAUGUGCGAGAACAGCGGAAACAUGGAUACGUUACUGGACCUGGCGAAGAAGGCGUGGGACCAGAAGCGCUUCGUUUUUGAUGAUCAUGCUUAG